CGCACACACUCUUCUACACUCACACACACCACCUGAACACUGUGUACUAACCGCUAACACACACUCCUCUACACUCACACACACACACCCCCUACAGACCAUGCCAGCGAGUCAAACUCUCACACGGUCAGGCGUUUGGAGACGCCAUGCUGCACACGCGCGCACACACACACACACACACACACACCCCAAGUGUUUUUUACAGAAAAGAUUUAUGAUAAAUGCAGAAAAAAAAUUGGCAGGAAAGCAAACACUCUCGCUCUACAGACCACGCUGACCCUUCCCCCGUGCAUGCGCAGAGAGAGAGAGAGAGAGAGAGAGAGAGAGAGAGAGAGAGGGGAAUAACUGACCAAUCACAGCUCACUAUAAACCAACACCUGGACCAAUAAGACACGAUCUUCUCAAGGGGGGUGGGGUUUGAUGGUCCAGCAGCAGUAAACUGGUGGAGGUGGGACUUGUGACAUCAUCAGCUGGUGGGCAGGAAGACAGAAAGGGGCGUGGCUAUGCCCUGUGACUGGCAGCUGGGGAGAGGCAUUCUCAGAGGGAGGGAAGGAGAAGAAGGAGUCUUACAUCUCAUCCUCUCUCUCUCGCUCUCUCUCUCUCUCUCUCUCUCCUUCCUUCAGCAUCUGCAUCUCAUCCAGCCUCCAUCUCUCUUUGGCUGUCUGUUGCGAGUGUGUGUGUGUGUAAGUAAAUUAUAUUUCUCUGCGUCUCUCUUUUGGUACUUGGAAACUGUGCCCAUCCGUUGCCUUGGAGAUGGGCUGUCGGCUGUCAGGGCCGUGGAUGAGCGACGGUACAAUGGGGGUGAGUGCGCAGGAUCUGAGGUACAUACAGAACCAUGAGGCUUUACGGAUCCUCACGGGGUACGAGCAGCCAAUCACAGUACAGAUAGAAGGGCGAAGGGGGCGGAGCUUACAGUAUAGCAGACCGUCAGACAGCAGCACACAGACAGAGCGGCCAAGGGACAACGCCGCGUCCGACAGGCAAUGCUACAGUCACAUAACCCUGCCUGGUCGUAACCAUGGAGAUGGAGGAAGAUACGAGUAUCUCCCUAACACUCCACGUGACCUGGAGGACAUCCGAACAUCUUCACGCCAUGAUCCUGAAUUCUCUCCUAAAGAUGCUGAGAAAUACAACUGCCUCCUCUCCUGCUGCAGCUCAAACAUGGAUGAACCCAGCAGCUUCCAGAGCCAGACAGAGGAUGAGGACUACAUGAUGGAGAAGACAGUUGGAUAUCUCCCCCUCCAUCAUGAGCUUGACAGUGGCCUCGGGUGGACGGACGGAAGCUUCCACCAGGGGGAGCUCUCAGGGCUGGAGACGGAGGAAGGGUUGGAUGAGUGCCACACCCACCAGGGAGGUCGAGCAGCACGAGUACGAGGAGGAUCACCUUCGUCCGAGUCAUUCAUUUCUUCAGAGCUAAGUGACUCUGGGUUCUACAGUGUAAGCACGGCCGAGUUCCUGCACUUCCAGCGUCUACUGGAGAAACGCAUGCGGAUGUAUAACUCGCGCCUCCAUCACCAGGGGGAGCUGCAGAACCUGUGCAUGGACACGCAGAAAGCACACCGUGAGCUGGAGGCCAUCCCCGAGGCACUCACCAUGCAGCCCGACAGCGAGUGUGUUGAGACGGAAGCUUACCCUCACCAGAUGGUCAGAGUCGCGUCUAUGCAGCUGCGCAAAAACGAACGUCCAAAUCUGAACCGCCACAGCUCCAGCAGUGCUGCCAUUUUCUCCACCUGCAGUUCUCCCAGUGGCCAGCAGAGCCUGACACCAUGCGCUACGACUGCUGCAGGGAUGCUGAGGAGGAGUAGGACGCUGCAUCACCGCCCUGUGCCUGUUGAGCAGCGCCGGAGGGCGAGUCAUCCGACCUCACCUAACUACUGCAGCAUGACGCUAAACCGCUACAGACAUGCGUUACAGCAACAGAUACCCGCGGAAACUAAAACAGAUGCUAAAUAUUACACAUGCCAUGCUAAUCAGCCUGUGCAUCAUGCUAAUCAUCUUCCACAUCAUGUUAGCCAUGCGACAAACCAUGCAAAUCAUAUUACACAUCAUGUUAAUCACCCUACGCACCAUGCUAGCUACUCUAAUCAUCAAGCAAACCACCCUACAAACAAUAGACAUCUUGCUAACUACACCACCCUACACGCUAACCAUCCUACACACAUGGCUAAUCAAGCUGCACCCAAUGCUAACGACUUCACACACCCGACCCGACAUGCUAAUCUCUCUCCACACCCAUAUCAUGCCACUCUCCCUGCCCAGCACACACACCACACCCACAGUGCAUUCAGCUCACAUUCUCCACACCAUGACCAUGCCCACACAACACUCCUCACCCAACACACAAACCACGACCACCUGACUCUUCCCGCCCAACACACACACCACAACCACGCCCACCCGACUCUCCCUGCCCAACACACACACCAUGACCACACAACUCUCCUUGCCCAACACACACACCACGACCACACCCACACAACCUCCUUGCCCAACACACACACCACGACCACACCCACACGACUCUCCCUGCCCAACACACACAAUGACCACGGCCACCCGACUCUCCCAGGCAAACACACACACAACGACCACGCCCACCCGACUCUCCCAGCUCAGCACACACACAAUGACAACGCCCACCCGACUCUCCCAGCCCAACACACACACCACGACCACGCCCACCGACUCUCCCAGCUCAGCACACACAAUGACAACGCCCACCGACCCUCCCUGCCCAACACACACACCACGACCACGCCCACACGACCCUCCUGCCCAACACACACACCACGACCACACAACCUCCCUCCCAACACACACACCACGACCACACAACCUCCCUGCCCAACACACACACACACACCACGACCACGCCCACCGACCCUCCCUGCCCAACACACGCACAACGACCACGCCCACUGA